AUGGAGUCUCAUGUUUUUCUUUUUAUCUUUUUAUCUACACACUUUCUACUUUUAAACCAUCUUUCAGCACAUUCACUCUUCCAUGUUCACCACCACCCUGGAAUUCCAACAAAUCUGACCCACCACCUUCAUUUCCAAAAUUUCAACCCCAAAAGCACCAACAACUUUCAUCAACUCAAGCUCUUAGGCAAUGCAGCAAUCUCUCAAGAUCACGGUUUCAUUCAAAUCCCUGAUCCAUCGCCAGCCGGUGAUCAAACAUACCAAGCAGGCCGAGCCAUCUACUCCUCUCCUAUACGCCUCUUUGACCCUAUUACCGUAACCCCGGCUUCCUUCCAUACCACCUUCUCUUUUCAAUUCACCACCGCCAACAACUCCAAUCCUGGCAUUAAUCUUAAGGGAGGCAAUGGUUUGGCCUUUUUAAUUGUGCCGGAUGAGUUCACCGUGGGGAGGCCUGGGCCGUGGCUGGGUAUUCUUAACGAUGCAUGCGACCAUUACAAGGCCUUUGCGGUUGAAUUUGACAGUAGCCAUGACCCGAGUUUUGGUGAUCCUAAUGAUGAUCAUGUUGGUGUGAAUCUUGGGAGUGUUGUCUCUUUCAAGACCGCUAAUUCAUCCGAAACCAAUGCUUCUCUUCAUGGUAACUCAAUUCACCGAGCUUGGAUUAUGUACGAUGGUCAUCGAAAAUGGAUUGACAUUUAUCUUGGAGUGGAUGGAAAUCCUAUUCCAUCACAACCUAUAUUAUCAACGCCACUCAAUCUUUCUCCCUAUUUGAAAGAGUACAUGUUCGUUGGUUUCUCUGCUUCCACUGGAGAUUCACCACAAAUACACAAUGUUUUGUCAUGGGAGUUCAAUUCUACAGUUCGAGCUUUGAUUAAUGUCCCCCUGAGGCAUAUUUGUCACAGGAAUGUUGCUCAACAAGUCUCCAAAUACUCCACUGCAAAACAUAGAAAUAGGCCUAGUAGUUUCAUGAUCUUUAUGUGUGUAGUGGGGCUUUGCACGGUAACUUUUCUGAAUUUUUAUUGCUAUAGUAUGCGCAGUGACACAGAGAGCUCAACGGCUUUAGCUUUUCCUGAUAAGAAGCAGAGGCCUCUGCCGCCGACCCAACCUCGGCGGUUUGUAAUUCUUGAACUCUAUAGAGCUACUAAACGUUUUAGCAAUAUGGAAGUGUUGGCUAGUGACUCGAGAGGGGUUUUGUACAGAGGAACUCUACCCAAUGGGUGCAAUGUGGCGGUGAAAAGGUUCUCAAAUGAGUUGCCGAGUUUGUCGAGAGUGGAUUGGACUCGAGUCCUCAAAAGAAUCUCUUUGCUGACUCAUGUAUGUCACCCAAGUUUGGCUCCGAUUCGAGGCUGGUGUUGUGAUAAUCGUGAAACAAUUCUUGUUUACGAUUAUUUUACGAAUGGAAGCCUUGACAGAUGGCUAUUUGGAAUGGGUGUACUUCCAUGGACUCGACGAUUCAAGCUUAUCAAACAGAUAGCAGAGGCUUUGACUUUUCUCGGUUCAAAAGAACUCAGUCAUGGGAACCUAAAGAGCAGCAGUAUUUUUCUGGACAUUAACUACAAAGCCGUUUUAGGAGAUUAUGGCUUUGUCUUCUAUAAGGAGAAUCAAUACUCAGGCCGAAUUGAGAGUAUUUCAAGAAAGAAUGCAGACGUGUUUUGUUUUGGAAUGCUAAUUUUAGAAAUUGUAGCAGGGAAAAAGACAACAAAAACAGAAGAACAGGAGAUGGGUGUGUUAGAAUUUGCAUGGAGCAUGCAUGAGAGAGGGGAGAAAGUGAAGGUAAUAGAUGAAAGAAUGGCGUCCAAUGUAAACUUGGAUGAAAUAGUUAGAGUUUUGGAAAUUGGGCUAGUUUGUAGUUUGGAUGAGAGCAACGGUAGGCCAUCUAUGGAAGAAGUGGUGCAGUACUUGAACAUUCAGAAACCCAUUCCUAGGCUGCCCGAACUGUUAUCCAGAAAAAGUGCCAUUUGUCACAAUUUAGGCACAAAUACCACCCACCAACCUGUUAAUUGAUUUACCAUUCAAUAACAUUCUAGUUCUAGCCUUAUGCUGUUAGAUUGA